ACGCGUACAGGGCCGUCGCAUUCACAGAGCAGUGGCACUAAACGCACCAACUCGCAAGACAAUAGUAGGAUCCCUGCCAUGCACAAACCUAUUAGUUCAGACCCCAGUGAAAAUCGCUCCAAACGCAGGAAAUAUAUGCUUCAAAAACGACUAGCUCAUGCAGCAUCUAAAACCAUAGCAACUCAAACAACUAGCUGUGGCCGGUUCCCCCAGAAAUAUAUUGAUGCAUUAAAAGGUACGCAAGUCUUAUGAUUUCAUUAGCCCCUUACAUUUAAGCUUACUGAAUAAUUUAUCAACAAAUGUUGACUACAACUUGUGGCUAACAUUAUUAACCACAAAACUUAUUUACAGCAUCAUACAAAGAUAGGUCGUACUAUGGCUCACCUGACUAUGAGUGCUCUUACUGUCAUGCUUUAUUCUGGUUUCAAGAACAAGCUAUGUUCAGCUCUGGUUCUCAUAACAAAAGAAUUGAGUACCAUCUAUGCUGCAAACAGGGAAAGAUUCAGAUACCUGCUUUUAAACCUAGGCCAGAGCCUCUGGCUUCUUUAGCCACUUACAACGGCGGUGCCCGAUCUAAGAGAUUUAUGAAAAAUAUACGGCAAUAUAACUGCCUAUUUGCUUUUACAUCUAUGGGUGCAAACAUCGACAGAUCUGUUAAUGACGGCAGGGGACCUCCGGUCUUCAAGAUUAAUGGUCAGGUCCAUCAUCGUAUAGGCUCUCUACUACCACCUGAUGGUAGCCCGCCUAAAUUCUUGCAGUUGUAUAUCUAUAACACUGCUAAUGAGGUAUCAAACCGUCUAAAAGCAUUGCAUCCUGACGACGGGUCAUCUUCAUCUCUUGAACCAUCUAUCAUUGAGAGCUUGAUUGCCAUGCUUGACCAGCAUAAUCCAUUUGCAAAGAAAUUUAGAAUGGCACGGGACCGCUUACUAGAAACUGAUAAUGAUGAAUUUGUUAUCAGAAUUGUCGGAGCUCAAGAAGGUGACCCAGUUCAGUAUAAUAUGCCUACGACCGAUCAACCUGCCAUGCUUAUUGUUGGGGAUUUUUCUCUGGAUACAUUCAAACGCGAUAUAAUUAUCCAAACUAAAUCUGGGCAGUUAAGACAUAUAUCAGCUCUUCAUCCAGCGUACAUGUCGCUGCAGUACCCAUUGUUAUUUCCAUAUGGGGAGCGUGGAUUCCAAGUUGGAGUUCUUUACAAUGGUAUAGACCAAUGCAAAAAAGGAAAACGAAACACUAUAACUAUGCACGAAUAUUUUCGGUAUCAAUUCCAUUACAGGCGUCAUCAGCCUAACCCCUUCCUAAGCUAUGGCCUUUUGUCAAGUCAGGCCAAAAUUGAUGCUCGUGCUGCAAUUGACAAAAACAGGCUAUGGUUCAUUCUCAAAAAUCAAUCUCGUCUUAGAAGUGAGACCCUCCAAGGUAUAGCAGAUGCUGUGGGAAGGGGGUGUGUGGAUGGCAGUGAGAUGGGAAAGCUUACUGUGUUACCUGCCUCUCAUACUGGGGGCAGGCGCUAUAUGGUACAGAAUUAUCAUGAUGGGAUGGCUAUCUGCAGGAUUUUCGGGCCCCCUGAUUUCUUUGUCACUUUCACCUGUGAUGUCAAAUGGCCUGAAAUAUCUCUUGGCAUUCUAGAAGCUGGUCAGCAACCGUCAUAGAGCCGAUAUAGUUGUUCGUGUUUAUAAUAUGAAACUUGAAGAAAUGUUAGCUGAUAUAAAAGCUGGAAAAGCAUUUGGCCUAAUUCUUGCAGGUACAAGUGACAACCCCUUACUCUUUGGAAGUACAAUACACAAUUAAUCUGAUCAACGAUAAAUAUCUAACUUUGCUUUGUUUUCCCUCUAACCAGUUCUACACACAGUUGAAUUUCAAAAACGUGGGUUACCUCAUGCACAUAUGAUCUUUUGGACUGCAGACGAUACAACUAAUCCAAGUGCAUCGAUGAUUGAUAAGUAUAUAAGUGCUGAAAUUCCUGAUCCCAAAGAUGACCCUCUUCUAUAUGCUUUGGUUGCUGAACAUAUGAUCCAUGGUCCUUGUGGAAAAGAUAACCCAAACUGUCCUUGCAUGAAGAAUGGAAAAUGCUCAAAGGGGUUCCCAAAAAAAUUUCAAGAAGAGACAACUAUUGAUGAGAAUGGUUUUGCAAUAUAUAA